AUGUCAUUGAAACCUGGGCAGUCAAUACUAGUCAAAGUAAAAGGGUAUCCUGCAUGGCCAGGUAUGAUAAUUCCCCACGAACUAGUUCCAGAAAAAAUCAAAGCCACUUAUACCAAUCAACAAUCAGAUAUAAAACAUACUGGGAGAAGUACUAGAUCAACCAUUAAUAAUUCAAACAUGAUUUGUGUUAAAUUCUAUUGUGAUGACAAUUACACCUGGAUCAACCCCAAAAAUAAAUCUGCAGUUGACACUUGGCAAUUACUGAACACAGAAGAUAUAAUUAACGACAUGUUGGCUAAAGAAGAAAACAAAAGAAGAAGCAAUAAGAAAUUGUGCGAUGCCUAUAAAGUUGCAUUGUUUUAUUUAACAAAAAAUAACAGCAAAGGUAAAACAGAUAAAGAUUCACAAUAUAUAAAGAAUUUUGUCGAGCAUGGAAGCUAUGGUGAAGAGAAAAAAGAACAGAAGAAAGAAGAUACUAUUGAUAAAAGCAACAUCAAUACUAUUAAAAACAAGAAAAAAUCCUUGACACCUACAAACAAUACUGGUGCUGUUGCAAAAAUAAGCAGCAAUAAAAAGAAAAAUUCUCCUUCUUUAUCUUCACUAAAAGAGAAAACUGGUAGUAAUAAUACUGCACCAAACACAUCUACCUCUAAAACUGGGAGCCCUUCUCCGAAAACCACAACUACAAGGAAAAAAUCUAAUACACCCACUCCUAAAGCUAAAGCGACACCUUCGGGAGCUAAAAAAAGUUUUUUUAAGUUCGAAAAUGAUUCUUCUGUAUUUGGGCCUUUAAAGGAUUACGAAUUGGUAGAAUUAGGUGCUCAAGACAUAAAAUUAUUAAAGGAAUUUGCUCGUUCUAACAAUAUCACCGCUUCUAAUUGUAAAAAAAUCAUAAAAGAUUACGAUACUCACCAAGAAUUGAAAGUUAGAUUUCAGGAGAAGUUGGCUGACAUUAAAAACUUAAUUUCCGAAUGUAUACUCAAAUUUAUUGAACUGAAAAAAAGUAAUAAUAGUCAAAAAGAUGUAACUAUAGUUUCUCAUGGCGGUCCUCAUUCCAAAGACGAUACAACAGCCAUUCCUGAUAAUGUUAAAUCCGAAACUGAAACUGCUAUCGAUAUUGAAGACACAAAAUACCCCAUUCUGAUAGAAACCCUAGAACUUUUGUUAUCUAAAUUACAAAAUUUAACUCAAUAUAAUAACAAAAGUUCUACUGGUGAUAAUAGUACUAAUUUACAUGAUCUUUUGUUGUGGGAAUUUAAGUAUGUUUUCCUCGAAGAUGCUGAAUUUCACUAUACUUAUAGCCAAUUACUCGAUCUUUUAAAACCUUUGUUGUUAAAAAAUGGCAUGUCCGAUCAACUAACAGCGAUUUACAAAAAGAUAUACGAUUGA